CCUCCCGCCGCCUCUCACCGCCUCCCGCCCGGCGGUGGCCUCGGCCAGCGGGUGUCCGGCGGGAGGCGCGGAGGCGGGGCGGGGAGGAGGAGGGAGGGGAGGAGAGGAGAGAGGCCCCGCGCGGGGUGGACCGUUAGGCGCCAGAUGUUUGGCAGCAGCUGGGGGACGAAGUCGCUACCGGGGCCCUGGGUUCCGCCCGACCCGCGCCGGAGCAGGCAGGGCCCCGCCAUGGCCCCCACGGCUCCCCCGGCAGUGCCGCCGCCUCCGGGACCACCGACCCGCGGCUCCCUCAGCCUUCACCGCGCCUACCUGCGGAGCCCCCUGGGUUUGCUGCGCCUGGGGCAGCUGACGCUGGGCGCUGCCUUCUGGGUGACAGUGGCGGCUCACAAAUAUGAGGGGGCGGCCCACUUCGCCCUCUUCGCUGCCGUCCUGGUCUGGCUCCUCACCCUAGCCCUCUUUGGGCUGAGCCUGCUGGGGCGCUGGGCACUGGUGCCGUGGCUGGGCUCCCGAUGGCUCCUCACCAACCUGGUGCACGACCUGGCACUGGGCGUGGGGCUCUAUGCAGCCGCCACUGGCAUCAUGGGCUACAAAGCUGAGCAGAGAAGCUAUUGCAACCUGCCAGGCUACAGCCAGCGCUGCCUCUAUGGUGCCUACCUGAGCGCCUCCAUCUGCGGGGGCAUCACCGCCUGCCUGUACCUCUUCUCUGGGCUCUACUGCCUUUCACGGCGCUGCCGGGAUGAGCGCGACAUCAUCUGAGACCCUGUAGCACUUGGUUCCCCUUCUCCUCACCCAUGGACAGAGUGCAGCCCCUCUUCAGGAAGAAGUGACCCUGCCACCCCAUCCCCUCCCGGCUGACUGCACCGCUCUUCCUCCAGAGACUUCCACGCAGAUGGAUGGACAGACAGAGGCCUCCCCUGAGCAUGGCUUCCCCUGCAUCCCACCGAAACAGCAUGGAUACCCAGCCGUUACACAAGCCCUUCUCCUGCCCCUGGACAAAUGUAGGCUAUUGCAAGUGGAAGGACCCAAGUGGAGAGUCUCUAAGAGGGACCUCAAUUUCUGGGAGCCCCUGCUGGGCCUGUGACCAACUCCCCUACCCCUGGCCUUGCAGAUGCUGUGUGCUCAGGUGGGUACCGACCUAUCCCUUGGGUGGAGGACUGACCUGGGGGAGCAGAGCAGGGGGCAGUGGUGUGUGGUGGGGUUGGGUGGGCAUAAGCUCCACCAACCCACUGGCAGCCCCCUCCUGCCGUUCCCAACCGCGCAGCACUUCCGCAAUUCCCUAACGGAGGCUCUGAUCUCAACUUCCCCAGCCCGGGCCCCUCCUCCUGUCUGGCCUGAACAUGUCCGCCGUCUUGCUGGAGUCCCACGGGGCUUAGCCCCUCCCUGCCUUGUGCUCUUGGGGUGUGGAGACACCCAAGUCUCCCACAGCCUGACCUGGUGUAAUUCCAGCCCCCUGGACAUGCUGUCCUGUUCAGGGGCUGAGCCCAUGCAGGGCAGCAAGGCCUCCAUCACUGCGGGGCGAGGGGAAGGGUGAAGGGGCCGUAGCCUGGUCCUGUGAUCCUGGGCAGGGAGUAAAUUCUUUUACCCUUGGGGUUCACACUGCCCCGGGAUGGGGCCAGGUGCCUCUGGGGUUGAAGGCAGUGGGGCACCAGCUCCCCUGCAGCAAGGUUCGUGGCUCUGAGUGGCACUGAGCCUGUGCCGGGGUCCGGCUGCUCCAACAGCGACAGACAUGUCCUCGCUGUUGGCAGUGGAGACUGGCCUGUAGCCCUGCCUGGCUCUGCGGUGCUUCGUUUGUCAUCCCAGAAAACACUAAUCUAGGGACUCUUUGGUUUCAUCUUGAGGCCCUGCACUGCCCGGACAGUGUGAUGAGGUGGAGGGGAAGGGUGAGCACAGCAGCAUGGCAGUGCUGGGCUGCCGCUGGCACUGUGGCUGCCAGAGAGCUGCGGCCAGGUGUGGGACACAGCCUGUUUUGGGAAACAGGAGAAGAGGAGGCCCCAGCUGUGGAUCAGCCUCUACAGCCUGCUGGGUGCCAAGCCCUGAGGAGGCUGUGAAGGACUGAAUGGAGCAAUGGGCAGCCAGAGACUGAGAAUUUUUGGAGGAGCACCGCACCAGGGCUGCCCUUCCACAAGCCCUUCUCACCCUGCCUGGAGGCAGGUCCUCUCUACCGCUCCCGAUGAGAGGGAGAGCCUGCCCCAGUCUCUGCAUGGGCUCAGGAUGGAGGACAGGUGUCCCCAGCAGCUUGCCACAGGCUCUGGCUGUUGCCUGGGGUUCUCUGGUGCCUUUGUUGGGGUGGAGAGCAGCAGCUGUGAUCCUCCUGAGGCUCAGAGUGGUCUGGGGUUAGCACUGGAUCACUGCUGUCCCAGCUGAUCCCCUGUCAUGCUGCCAGACCCCAGGCCUUCUACCCCUUCCCUGGGCCAGACAUGCUGUUCCUACCCUGUGUCAGGGCUGGUCUCUGACACAGCCUGUCCCCCCUGCUCCAGUGCUAUCCCAGAUGCCCAGCAGGGCUUCUGCCACCACAAGUGCCUUUCUCCAGCUUUCUACAGUCCUGCCUGUCACAUCAGCUCUGUCCCCUCCUGCCUUUUCUCUGGUGCCUAUGGAUUCAUCUUCCAAAUAAAGCAAUGUUGGCACUCA